GCAUUCCGCAGAUGUUCAGUCUUAACCUGACGCUCUCCGUGGAAGUGCUAGUGCGAUACACUAUCAUGUGUUUUACUUAACUAACCGAGGGAUGUUGCUUCAAACGAGCAAUUGUGAUCAUAGGUCUCCCUGAAUUCGCGUGGCGAGAUGUUGGUGAAGAGAAUGGCAAAUCCACGUAGACUUAGCAAAAAUGUGAAUACAGUCUUCCAAUUGGUCGUGGUGUUGGCACUGGUAAUUAUCGUACAUCUUAUGGCAAACUCAACCCCAGAUGAUAAAAAUGUGCGGAGGAAAACACACGAUGCAGACGCUAGGACUGAAAACAGUCCUCUCCAAGAAAAGAAGAAGAAGAAUGAGGAAAAGACCAUCUUGAUCUGGUCCCAUUACGGACGCUGGAAUAAACAUGACUGGGCGAGGUUGUUUUCAAGACAGAUUAAGGGACAGUGCCCUCGAAACUGUAGAAUAGUCUAUGGAAGGGGGAAGAUGGAGUCAGCAGAUGCCAUUGUGUUCUACGAUGUUGGUCUUUAUCCUCUACCCAAAACCCAUCCGCCCGAGCAGGUCUGGGUACUCUUCAACAUCGAGGCGCCCACCCACUCUACCUGGGCAUUCCCACAGAGGAGCAAGGGUAUGUUCGACUGGACGAUGACCUACCACGGGGAAUCCGACGUGGUAACGCCCUAUGGUAUAGUACGUAAACGGGACCAGGCGGCAAAGGAUUCGGACAGAGAUUAUUGGGCCGAGAAACGAGAGGAAAAAUUUGCAUCUUGGAUGGUGAGCAAAUGCGUCACUCCUUCCAAGAGGGAGGAUUUUUGUCAGCGAGUUCCAGCGAUAUGAGAACGUGCACAUCUACGGAGGCUGCGGACCACUCAAGUGCGGAAAACGGACGAUUCUCCAUAACUUGAAAAACGAAAAAACACAAAGCGACUGUUACAAACUGAUGAAUUCCUACAUGUUCUACUUUGCUUUCGAGAAUUCCUUGUGCCAAGACUACAUCACUGAGAAGUUCUUCAAGGCUCUUCAGAUGGACACCAUUCCCGUCGUCUUCGGUGGAGGAAACUACUCCACAGUGGCGCCCAACCACUCCUUCAUAAAUGCCAGGGAUUUUGAGAGCCCUAAAGCCCUGGCCUCUUACCUACGCGCAGUGGCUAACAACAGCACUUUGUAUAACAGUUACUUCAAAUGGAAGAAAGAUUAUGUUGUAGAGUCCGGCUUCCCUUUCUCUCCGUUUGUCUGUGACCUGUGUAGUAAGCUGCACGGGGCGCCAACGCAGCUCUCGAAAGACAGGAACUCGGCAAGGAGGACUGAAGACGGUCGAUACGCUGACGUCAUUGAAUGGUUCUCAACUGUUUCAAAAUGCGAGGGAGGAAAUAAUACCUCUACAGACCUUUGAAGAAUUGACGGUUCUUUUCGAAAUGAAACUCGAUAAAAAUAAAAAAAUUGAAAAAGCGCAGAUGCUCAACCAAGUUUUUCAACAUACAAUAAACGUUUGUCAUUUUU